UUUAAAAAUAAAAUGUCCAUUCACAGCUCUACAAAUUCACCAAUUUCCCCAUCUAUUAACGACAAAAAUGACAACGACAUUAUUGUUCCCCCAGCUUCUGAAUUUUCGCCUUCUCCUACAAAGAUGGCCCAUUACACCUUCCCUUCCUCACCAGAUUGUGCUCUAGAUUUAUUUCAACAGCAAAAACCUUUAGCUAAACAAAAACAAACAAUUAUGGAAAUUAUUUUCCCAAUUCGUUUUGUUAUUUUGGCAUUAUCUCUUGGAUGUCUUUCAUUAAUUGUUGCUAAUUCUUUGGCUCUCAAUUUUACUGUUAUUUGUAUGCACAAAGAAUUGCCGUCGUUAAUGACUGAGAAUGGUGGUGGUGAUCUGCAUUGGGAAUGGACGAUAUUAACAAAUACAAACAUCUCCUCUAAUAAUGAAGAAAUUAGCAAAGAACAGCAGCUUGAAUCAAUGUUUACCGUCGACGAGCAAAGUUGGCUUUUCUCAGCAAUUGCUAUUGGACAAUUAAUAGGCACUUUGCCAAUUACUUAUUUUAUGACAAAUAUUGGAUUGCGUAAAAUGUUUACUCUUUAUGGACUUACUAGUUCCUUUUCUACACUUUUUAUUCCAAUAAGUAUUGACUUUGCUGGAUUUCCUGGACUUAUGUUUAUGCGUAUUUUGCAAGGUGUUAGUCUAGCGACAGUUAUGGUUGUUACUGGUGCUGUAAGUGCAGAAUGGAGCCCUUUAAGCAGUGCCGGAGUUUUUCUAACAAUUUUAACUAUAAAUUACCAACUUGGCCCAAUCACUGCAAUGCCUUUGGCGGCAGCACUUUGUUCUUCUGAAACAUUUGGAUGGGAAUCUAUUUAUUAUUUGUUGGGAAUACUUACAUUUAUUGGAUUUGCUAUUUUCUUUUAUUUCUUUCGGGACACUCCAAGAGAACAAAAGCUUGUAUCAGUUAGAGAAUUGGCAAUAAUCGAAAAAGGAAAAAUAAUAGAGAAAUGUCAAAAACAGGAAGGUUCUCCAAAAGAAAGAAUUCCCUACAAAGCAAUCUUCUUGGAUCCCGUUUUUUGGGCAAUCACUGCUUCAAAUGCAACUGCUAAUAUGGCCUUUCUAGUAUUUUGGCAAUAUGGACCGUUAUAUUUAAAUAAAGUUUUGGGUAUUGAAGUAGCUGAAACUGGAAUAGCUGCAGCACUUCCUUACAUUCUCUCUACUUUUGUUAAACUUAUUGCUGCUCAAAUUAGUGACCGUUUUAAUUGUAUCUCAGAGAAAUGCAAAGUUAUUCUUUUUGCCAGUGUUUCUCAAUAUGUUAUGUGUUGCUGUUUUUUGGCACUGGCUUUAUUACCUAAAAUGGGAUUUAUGAAUGUUAUGUUUAUGCAGUGUAUGUUUACUGCCUCUACUGUCUUUAGCGGUUUAAAUGCUGUUGGCGUUGUUAAAAGCACUCAUCUUGUUUCUCGUCAAUUCUCUCAUGUUCUCUUUUCUUGGGAUACUCUAACUCAUGCUAUUGUUAGUCUUUUACUUCCUCUGGGAAUCAACUUUUUGACACCUACACAUUCCGUUGAUGAGUGGGCCAAUGUUUUUUUAUUUGUCACUGCUUGUAAUAUGGUUGGGACAACAUUCUUCAAUAUUUAUGCAGAAGUAGAGCCUCGUGAAUGGACUAAAGGGCAUAUUACAAAAACUUCUCUAACUUACCCCGAGUCAAUUGGUACUGUUGAGGAAGGCAAAAAGUUUGGAUUGCCGUUGCCUCAACUUCCUUAA